GCAUCCCAACAUCGCCAAGUGCCUGGACAUGAUUCACAGCCUUUCGAGAGUCUACCUCGUCAUGGAGUUUGCCGGCGGUGCAAACAUCGAGCACAUCGUCAGUUGUCGCCAGGAGCAGCGGAUGAAUGAGUCUGAGGUGAACAACUGCUUUGAGCAGGUAGUGCGUGGUGUGGCUCAUCUCCAUUCCAAGAACAUCGCACAUCGCAACAUUUGCCUCCGCCAUCUCGUCGUCUCCACUUUGGCGGGCAGCGACAGGGAACACGUGCGGAUUGUGGAUUUCCAGCAUGCCAUGCUAGUACGAGCCGAUAUGACCUCCCGGACGAUCGUGGGCUCGAUGCCGUACAUGGCGCCGGAGAUGGCGGCGGGAGGUCCCUACUGGCCGCACUCCGCUGAUGCUUGGAGCUGUGGCGUGUCCCUGCUGGAGAUGGCUGGCGGUCUCGGGUCGUUGGCCACGGCGGUGAAGUUCGACCCAGAG